UUUUAACUGGACCACUCGAACUUUGAAGUUGGUGAUGCGCUGAUGGGUUUAUUUUUCAGACUUUUAUUUUGAAAGCAAACGUAAUUUAGACUAUAGUUCUUGCGUGUGACUAUAGGGUGUGUGGCGACUUUUGGAAUGAGUAUCUAGCUGCGGUGCACUCGCGAGGGUUAAAUUUAGGAGUAAACAGAGGUCAGCGUGUAUGAGAAGCUGCUCAGGUGGUCGAGCUUCUGAAAGUCUUCGAUUUAAAUGUAUGAUUAGACGUAAGCAGCAGCGACGCUUUGUGAGAGUUUUUCCUGUCUGGACUACAGGCGCGGGAGAUUUUAGUCGCCAGCCGUCAGUAAAACCUGUCCUUUCUCCUCUCCCACUGACUCCUGGUACAACUUCACCCACCACAAGAAGGACGUGCUCCGAAUAAGAACAGCAUUCUCUGGACAGUCCUUGCGGAGGAACAUGGACGUGGAGCUCGGGGGAUUUCUCGGCCAAAAUUCCACCUACGAUUACGAUGAGGACUAUGAAUACAAGGACGACAGUGAAUCGGGGAGAAGUGAGGCGGUGUUGCUCCCGAUUCUUUUCGCCGUGGUAAUGUCUGUGGGUCUGCUGGGACAUUGUCUGCUCCUGGCUGUCCUGGUUCUGAAGAGAAAGCACUGGAGCUCAUCAGACACUUUUAUUCUUCAACUGGGUGUGGCCGACAUCUUACUGCUGCUCACGUUGCCAUUCUGGGCUGCACAGGCGGCACACCCCUCUGGAUGGUAUUUUGGUGGGAUUCUCUGUAAGAUCAGUGGUGUGGUCUUUAAUAUGAACUUCUACUGUGGAGUCUUAACACUGGUGUGCAUCAGUUUUAAUCAGCGGCGUACUGCGUUCCCUAACUCCGCUGUCACAUUGGGAUUCUUCAAAAAACCUGUGGCGGCUCAUCACAUCUGCCUGAUUGUCUCGAUCUGCUGCGUUCUCCUCACAAUUCCUGACUGGAAUUAUUUAACAGUCGAGGGAAGAACCGCAGGAGGGAAAUCACAUUGUGUUCACGACUUCUCCCAGACUGGAGUUGGAUUGAAAAUACUUGCCCGCCUACUUCCCAUCCUGUUGGGCUUCCUGGUGCCUGCCAUCGUACUCGUGAUCUUCUGCUGCCUGCUGCUGCAGGUGCAGUCUAAAUCUAAAGGCGAACAAAAGCAAAGAGUCGUCGGGGUCAUCCUGCCCCCGGUGGUUGUCCUCUUGCUGUGCUGGGUUCCGUACAGCAUUACAAUCAUCACUGACACAAUACAGAGGAUGCAUGAAACGCCUUCAGACAGUCCUUCUGGGAAAACCGCAGGUGAAAGUUCUCUGAGAUCAGCUCUAAUGUACACAGCCGCUCUGGGCUGUGUCCACGCGUGUCUCAGGCCUCUACUUUACUUUGGCACGAGCGCAAACUUCAGGAAGUGGACGGUGGCCUUGUUGAGAUGUGAAAGUCACGAUUUCAGUGGUUCAUUCUGGGAACUGUGCGUGAACAGAGGCGCCGAACCUGUGGCGCAAAGUCAGGAGGUGGUGCCGCUGAAACCUCAACCUGCAAAUGUGAUGAGUGAGCAGUGUGGAAGUUCACUUCCCCAGUGCUGAUUUAAAAAAAAAA